AUGUCGUCUGGGUUUUCCGGCGGGUUUCCAGAUUUCUUCAAUGCGAACGGAGGCGGUGUAAGCAACGUAUCCGGAAGAUCUAUGUCCAUGAUGAAUGUUAACAGAAGUAAUUACAACCAGCAAGUGAAUUACAGGUCUCCGUUAGCUGGUAUUCUCUCCGAUUCCUUGUCGCCGGUCGGUGGGUCACGAUCUGACUUUGUUGGAAAGCGAUCAUUGGCAGAAUUCCAACAGCAACACCAGCUCCGGCAACAAGCUGCGGUUUACUUGAGAAACGUGAAACCAAGGGCGUAUAAUCAACAGACGGAUUUCUUAUCUUCGCCGGAAGUUUCUUCGGUUUCUAGUAUCUCCUCGUCGUCUGUUUCUAGAUACGGUGGUCAGAUUCCUCAACAACUCCGGCCAAACUUCAACGGCGUCAUGAGUAAUUAUCAGAUUAACGAUUACUCUCCUGCAAAACAACUGCCGAAGAAUCAAGAAAUGGAGACAAAGAUGUUGAAUCGUUUACAAGAACUAGAGAAAGAGCUUUUGUUAGACGAUGACGACGGAGAACACGACGCUGUUUCGGUGAUUACAGACACCGAGUGGUCCGAAACGAUUCAGAAGUUACUGAGUCCUCUUCAGGCACAAAAUCCAGACAAUACCGUUGCACCUUCUCCAACGACGUCGUCCACGUCAUCAUCUGCAUCGUCGUCAGCGACAGUUUCUCCGAAGCAGUUCAUAUCAGACGCCGCCGACGCAAUAACAGACGGGAAAUCAGAGAUUGCGAUGGAGCUAAUCACGCGCAUUAACCAAUUUUCCAACGCGCGUGGAUCUCCUGAACAACGCUUGGGUUUUCAUAUGGCGUCUGCUCUCCGAUCGCGCGUGAGCGUGAACUCCACGACGGAGGAACAGGCCUCCCCAGCCACGGAGUUGUACCGAAAAGAGCAUAUUUUGUCAACGCAAUUGCUGUACGACAAAUCGCCGUGUUUCAAGAUAGCUUUCAUGGCGGCGAAUAAUGUCAUCCUGCAAGCUUUAUUGGGUUCGGGUAGACCCGAGAGAAGGAUCCAUGUGGUAGAUUUUGAUGUUGGUCAUGGGCUUCAGUACGUGUACUUACUUCACGAGAUUGCCGCGGCGCGUAAGAUUGAUGGAGUGAUUCCCAUUUCGUUAAAGCUCACAACUUUUAAAGAUUUCGGUAAUUGGGGUUUUGAAAGACUGAAGCUUGUUGGUGAUGGACUCAGAUCACUUUCUAACAAAUUGGGUGUUUUGUUUUAUUAUAAUGUUUUGGAUUUCAAAUUAUCCGAUCUCAACAAGCAAGGUUUAACGAUUGAAAACGAGGAGGUUUUGGCCGUAAAUUUCGCUUUCAAGUUGAGUAAGUUGCCGGACGAGAGCGUGACGACUGAGAAUCUGAGAGACGAGGUGCUCCGACGGGUGAAAGACUUAUCACCGGCGGUGGUGACGGUAGUGGAACAGGAACUGAACGCGAACACCGCUUCCUUCACGGCGCGUGUAAACGACUUGUUUAGUUAUUACACCUCCUUUUUAAAUUCGUUAGAAGCGACGAUUCCAAGGACCAACCCAGAGCGAGUCAAGAUUGAGGAGGGACUGAGUCGGAGAAUUUUUAACUCGGUUGCGUGCGAAGGGAGGGACCGUGUUGAAAGAUGCGAAGUGUUCGGCAAAUGGCGGGCCCGGUUGAGGAUGGCCGGGUUUGAUUCAAAACCAGUGAGUCAACUCACCGCCGAGUCGCUUAAGUCAAAGCUGAAUUCAUGGACACGUGGCAACCUGGGUUUCACUGUAAAAGAAGAUUCCGGUGGGAUUAGCUUUGGGUGGAUGGGACGGCCACUUACCGUCGUCUCUGCUUGGCAUUAG